GUUCAAAGUUAGUGAAGGGAACGGAGCGUCUCUCCGUAAAGACGUGAAGAAUAAAAAACUUGACUGAAAUGACGCUCCAACGCUGUAAGGAUGUCAAGGAACGACGCAGAAACAUCAUUUCAUAAGGUAAAAAAAUGACCUUUAAUGAACGUUUUCAUUGUUUUUGUGUGGCUAUAUGGCCGGUAACCGGUCAAGGUGUUAAAAACAGUAAAUGACCGGCAGUCCUAUAUUCCCUAAAUUUCACAAAAUCGAAAGACUCUAGCUAAUCUAAACUACCAUAUGUCGAUUAAGACAAGUCAAGCGAUCCUGAAAUGCUUUAUAGAUCUCAAGUCUAGUGUUUAGUUUACGCUGGGCUCAGAAGACGAAACCGUGUUUUGUGACACUUGGAACUUUUUUCAGCUAGACUGCCGGUCAAGGUUUUCAAAACCCCAAAUGGCCGGCAGUCCUCUAUUCUCAGUAAAUUUCACAAAAUCGAAAGAUUCUAGCUAAUCUAAACUAUCAUAUGUCGAUUAAGACAGGUCAAGCGAUCCUGAAAUGCUUUAUAGAUCUCAAGUCUAGUGUUUGUUUUACGCUGGGCUCAGAAGACGAAACCGUGUUUUGUGACACUUAGAACUUUUUUCAGCUCGACUGCCGGUCAAGGUUUUCAAAACACUAAAUGGCCGGCAGUCCCAUAUUCUCAGUAAAUUUCACAAAUCGAAAAAAUUCAGCCGUUCUGAACUAUCAUAAGUCGUGACCCUGAUCAAACCAGCCGGUUUUGUGGGAUUUCUAUAUCAUGUUUUUGUUCUCGUAUCCCAUGUAUAAUUUCAAUCCCAAUCCUGAAUCCUGACCCUACUGGGGAUCGGACCCUUAACAUUACAAGUACAUUGUGUACCACAAUAACCAGUUGGGAGGGGUUAAGAGGGGCGGGAGGGGGUUGGUGGGCGGUUUGUAUUGCCAUAUAUUGUCUCCUUCUGCUGUCAAGGUCAAUCUUCCAAGAAUUGAUAGAUACAAUCAUGAUUGGCCAAGCAGCAGAAAUGAACAUUGAUGUUCUCGGCUAAGCAGGCAGGGAAGAAAGAUCCUCUAACGUCGGCUGCAUGGGUAGCCUGAUUCUCAGAAGUUCAAGGUCAUUUGUGGCCCCCUACAUGGGUAGACCAUUUUUCGUAACCCCCUAUUCAUGUCAUUUUGCAUACAAAAAAACAGACAUUGCCAAUGCUUACCUCCUCAAUGUUUAAGGCAUCAUUUCCAGAAAGAAAUCCUGUUCAAAAUGUUGCCUGUGAGCAAGCUCUCCGGGGCGCCCUGGCGAUGGGGCGUGAAAAGGAAAGAGAACCUGCUACUACGUCUCUGGAAUUUGAAUGUUGAGAAAGUCAAUGUGGAGUGCUGUUGAUUAGUGGAGAUGACAUUAGUAAUGAUGUCAUUACCCUUGGCACAUUUCAAAUUAUGUUUUUUUUUACAUUUGCACUCAUUUCCACUUUACACUUAUUGGCCGAAAUCUGACAGCUCAGUCAACAGGGAGCCACUGGGGAAUUCAAAUUUCAGAGACAUAGUUGCAAGCUCUCCUACCAUUUCCUGCCCUGCUGACAGUGGGGCCCGGAGAGCUAGCUUGCAUGAUAUAAUUAAUAGUUUUUAUUGUGUUAAAUCUUCUAGUUUGGUCAAACCAACAUUGAAAAUAAGUUUUGCUGCUUGGUUGAUUGCAAGUGAAUCAUCCAGAUGGCCCAUAAAGAAGGUAAUGCAGAUUUAUCCAAAGAAUCCAAGCAUCCCUCUGAAUUUCAGACUCAUGUUCAACAUUUAACAGAGGAAAAAUCUGGACUUUGUUGUCAACUACUAUCUGGAAGCAACUACAAAGAAAUAAAAGAACUGUUUGCACUAGCUUGGCCAACAGUGUUCUCUUACUUCUUCUAUCACAUGGUUAAUAUGAUUAGCUUGUUUUUUGCCGGACGUGUUGGUGAAGUCGAAUUAGCUGCAGCAACUUUAGGUUUAUCUUUUAUCGGUGUGACAGGACCUUCACUUUUUAUUGGUUUAAGUUCUGCAGUGGAGACACUUUGUUCUCAAGCAUUUGGAGCAAAGAAUUAUCACUUUGUUGGUGUAGUGCUGCAAAGAGGAGUUUGGAUUUUAGGAUUAACUUGUAUCUUAGCCUGGUCACUAUGGGUUAAUACUGAGUUGCUUUUGUUGCUGAUUCAACAAGAAGAGACUAUUGCAAGGUUAGUUUGUACUCAGGUAACACUUACCAUGUUAUGUGAUGGAAUCCCUGUUUAAUUAACAGACAAAGAAGCCUUGACUGUGCCCUGUAUUCUGUUGUAACGCACAGAGGAAGUGACUAGAACAUGAAAGUACUGUAGGGGGAGACACAAGACGUUAUUUGAGUAUUUCUCCCUACUUCUUGAGUGCUCUAGCCACAUCCAGUGAGUGUUUACAACAGAAUGGAUAGCUUGCAAGCAAGAUCUCCUCGGGUUCCCUGGGGUAAGGGUUAAAAGGGAAAGGAAAGCUUGCACUCACAUCUCAUAAAUUUGAAUAUCUGCAUCCCAGAAUGGGACAUGAUAUUUAAUCAGGCGACGAUGUAAUGCUCCCCUGGGAGAGCUUGGUUGCAGGCUAUUAGGCUUAAUUAAGACACCUUAAUUUUCUUCAUUAAAGUGAAACCUUUGGCAAACAAACUGUGGCAAUAACAAAACAGUUUAAAGACUGUUAAGCUUAUUCAAAGCUAUUACCAAGGGAGGAACUACGCGCUCCAGUCAAAAGCCUCACACUAUCUUUAGAAAAACACUAAGCUGGAGUUUACUGAGUCACAAUUCAAUUCUCCAUAGUAAGUUUAUGUAGCUUCAGUUUAAGCUGCAUUUCACUCUUAUAAUUUUGGAUCUGUAAGUCACUAUCCGUGAUAAUUUAACACUCUGCAAAGAAAACCGACAAGCUGGGCCCAGCGUGAUACAGCAUUGCAGAAAAACAUUACACUCACGGACUAAAGAAAAUCGCUUAGAUCAGAUCCAGAAGGCACUUUGGAGAAAAUUGGAACCCUUAUUCAGCCGUAAUAAAAAAAGCUUUAUGCUUCAAAAGAGGUCAAAGAAUAUGCGCUUGCAUCACAGGGCAAAUCCUGCCGACCAGAAAACAAUAACUACAGUCAAUCGAUAUAUAUGUCAUGACCUCUCAGUGUGAAACAUGCGGCUAAAACCACAUUUGCUCAGUAAAAUGCAGAACCUUCCAGAGCAUAAUCUACCCAGCAGAUAAAAACAACUUCAUUGGAAUAAGCAGCAUUUUGGCAUGAGGUAAAAGUCGUGUAGGCCUACCACCCCCUUUUAUUGCUACAAGAGCAGAUCAUCAAGAGUAAAGGUUAUGAGAAUUACUAAAUUGAUUACCAAGGGGAGAAUGCUUUGAUCUUAAACCAAAUUCUCUCAACUAUUCUUCAAAGAAAUGUAUGGAGAUCAGUCUGGAGAAUUUGUAUUUGGAUAUUAGGGCUUAAAGGGUUAACAGGAAUAAAAGGAUGUGUAAAAAGUACACAACAGAUAUUGUUAUAUUCCUAGAAUUUCACUCUACUAAACAGGGACUGUCAUUGGUUGAUUCUUGGUCACGUGGCCUUGACUAAAAUCAAAUGUAUCCCGAUCGUGAUACAUUAAACAAUGUAUCCCCGCUCGGGAUACAUUGCAGCACGUGAUCAAAGCAUGGUGGAAAGUGGCGUGACAGAAGGCGGGAAAAACACCGCCAGGUCCUGCCGGUUUUCUUUUUCGUGAUUGAACACAACAACACAAUCACGAAGCCUCAAGCUAAAAGCAACGAUUUUUAAAGUUAUCCCAGAAGUUCCCAGAAGAAAAACAGCAGCUAGUGGAGGAAAAAGAUGCAGAUGAUAUAAGGAAAGUACUUUUGUUUGUAAAUCAUUCAUUCAGUGGUUUUGAGAAUUAAAUUUGUGUUGUUAUAAGUACCGAGUCGACUGUUUUGGUUCGUUUUCGUUCGCUCCGGUUAUUCUUUUGUUGCUGUUGAAGUGAAAGUUCUAGAAAUAUAACAAAACACUUAAUGUCAGAUCCCUCGGGAAACCAGUUAGUUUUGUUUUCCCUCGAGUCCUGAUGUUUCCCUCGACUUCGUCUCGGGAAACAUCAGGACCCUCGGGAAAACAAAACUAACUGUUUCCCUUGGGAUCUGACAUUAAGUGUAUAAUAAAGGAGAUCUGUAAUAAGUAAUGGAAACAGGACUGAGUGGAGUCUAAUUCAGUCGGUAAUCAUACAUGCAAGUGAUUAAACAGAAUUGCGUUCAUCCAAUUUCUUUGCACGAGUAACUGUAUGACUAUAGACCCAACUGGACUACAUAAGGUUCUGUUACCAAUUAAUCAUAACUAUAACAAAAUUUAAGAUGUGAUGUUGAGAUUUUAUUUGAACUUUUGUAUAAAGCACAGGAUCUUUAAAGAAUUUUGUUACUGUUAUGAUACCUUAUAUCAUGUACAGUAAUUUUAUAGUCGGAACAAUAUCAGUAACCUGCAUAUACAAACUAUACAACAUUCAUGUAAAGCAUUAACAAGAAAAGCAGCACAUACAACAAGGAAUCAUUUCGUUACUACCGUUUUAAUACAAUAAUCAGAGGAAGGAUACAAAAAUACAGACAAUCUUUUAUUUGCAACUGCCCCAUGUAUUUCAGAAUAGCUUAGGAGACUAAAAUUAAGGUACAUAUUUUUAAUAGAACUAUUCACUUUAACAUUGGACCUGUACGAAAGUUAUCACUUUAAAAUAAUUUGCAUAGAAGCAGCACCACUCAGCAGAAAAGCAUUUUGGCCGCCUAUCAUAACGAAACUUUGUACAUACUGCUUUGUAGUCACGACCUAACUUGCAUGCAUUCGAUUCGUGCAUUCAUUAAAGCUUAAAUCGAAGAAAGCAAGGAAAUUGUGUAGUGUAAUUAAAAUGACAAAAAAUAAAGCCGUUAAUACUCACUUUAACGUACUUUUUUUCUUCCAUUCGGCAGUGAGCUCGAUCUGCUUCCGCUUUAUUACAGUAAGAAAUAUUCGAUAAACGGAGACUGAGUUAACUUGUGAACUCAAGGCGAUGUAGGAAGCAGUUUGUUUUUUACUCGGACCUCAGUUCAGAUUUUAUGCUUGUCCCUCACAUGUCCGUUAAUUUAACCGGUGAAAAAUACAGCAUGAUGGCACACAAAGAUCUGAAAGAUCUAGAGCGAUCCGAACGUUCAGAAACCAAGAUGGCCGCACUCGGACGGGACGAUAAAAGACUGGAUCCUAGCACCCGUGUUUUGACGGUUUUGGAACCGGUUUUGGCGCGAAUUUCUGAACGCGGCUGCCAAACUCUCGAUCUUCAUACAAAGAAAGAGAUGACGUGUUUAGCUAAACAGAUCAGGGCCGAGUUGUUCAAAGCUGGGUUAAGAUGGUUAAGAUAACCCAGGGUUAGUGCGAAAUUUGAAUUAAGAUUUGAAAGCUUAAAAAGCAUUUCAGCUUUAAUUUUUUUUGUUUACAAGUUGAUGAUUGGAAGCUCUAAAAAUAGCACAGAAACUUAUCCGAGAAAAUGCUUUUGAACACAAGAAAAAGAAACCCGGGUUAAUUUUAACGCCGGGUUAAGCUUCUGCUUGGGUUAAGCGCUAAUCGUCCUUCGAACAACUCGGCCCAGUGCAGUGCAAGAACAGAGCAAGACUUAUUUUUCCGUAAAAGGAUUUGUAAUCCUUUUCUUCGAUGAAGUUUUCAUUUUAAUAACUGAAAGACUUGCUGGAAAGGUAAGUACUUUCCUUUCCUUUUGAUAAAUUAGGUUUUCCUUCCAUAUCUUUUUACCCUUUUGCAGAAAGAUGUUGAUAUUUGCGAGGUUAAUAUUCAGAAACGGUGAUUGGCGAACUACACUUUAGCUUCUUUUAAUUUGCCUCUUACAUGAGCUGCCCUCAUGGUAUUAAAACUUAAUCCUUAAACCCCUUUCCAGCUAAUUGUAACUUUUCUUUUCUUUUUUAGCUUUUUUAAAAUUUUUGCAGAACUAUAUAGCUACUUUUUUUCUGUCACCUGCCUGACUAUCAAAAUUACUUAACUAAUGAAGUUAAAUACUUUUUUUUUAUGAUCAGUACUAAAGACUUCUGUGAAAAUGUCUGUGCCUAGAUGGCCAAGCUGAACCCAGCCCUCAGUAUAUAGCAUUCAUUCCAGUUCAUCUGACAAAAAGUUUGUGGUUAUUUGAAGACUACAGAUGUGAGUAUCUCUACAUUUUUGCGAAGACCAUCAUCAAUCAGGAUCUGAUUGAUUUUGUCUAGUUUCAUAUGAGGCCUGAAGUAAUACAGUAACCUUAUCAGUCCAUGAAUCUUUAAUAUACCACAGAUAUCAGCCCUUGCAUGAUAUGUAAUAAAUAUUCUAUGGUGUGUUCAAUUACUUGUUUUUGUUUAGCUAAUUACUAUCUUUUGAGACACCAAGGUGACCACUAGCUGUGUUAAUAAAUCAAAGUUUGAUAAUGGAUGCCAAGUCGAUAAUAAAAAAUUAUUAAACCGUACACAAAGUAAUUGAGCACUGUCUUUUGGAUUGGAAUAUAGAAACAACAUUAAAAUGACCUUAAAGGCUUUUGUGAAGACAAUCCAAAAACACCUUUUGUAUAAUUUAUUAUAGCAUAAGUAGAAAAGAGAAUGGCCAUUUCUAUUAUUUGUUCAUUAUAAUGAAAUAAUUAUAUAAUUUAUACUCAACGUUUUUAAAAUGUACUCUUAUAUAGAAAUCACAAAUUCAGGUACAGAUCAAGGCUAAUCAUAUACAACAAGUAUAUACUUUGUGUAAUUUUUGUAUACAAUUAUUAUGUUGAUUUAGCAGAUUGCAGUCAAUGUUUUGUAUAUAAAUGUAUAUCACAUUGAAUCCAAAACAAUUGUGGUGCAAACAACAUACUUUUUGACUUGUAUACUUUUUGUAUAGAAUUCUGUUCCAAAUUAAUGUAGGCAACAUUGAUGCUAUACAAAAAGUAUAUAAAUGUAUACAAAAUGUAUAGAUCACAAAGCACACUCAGGCACUUCAUGUACUCUACAAAAAGUGCGCAAAAAUGUGUACUUUUUGUAUACACUUUAGUUCAAAAUGUGUACUACAAAAUGUAUACUUCAUAAAUGAACACAAAAAGUAUAUAAAUGUAUACAAAAUGUAUAGAUCACAAAGUGCGCUCAGGCAACUCAUGUACUAUACAAAAAGUGUACAAAAAUGUGUACUUUUUGUAUACACUUUAGUUCCAAAUGUUUUCUAUAAAAUGAAUACUUCAUAAAUGUAAACAAGGUAUACAAUGUGAUGUAUACUUCAAUGUUUGAAUUUGUAUACAUUUUGUGUGAUACAUUUUUUUUGCAUCAGACAAAUUCAGCUUGGCGACAAAAUUUAUCUAGUUCUUCUGGGCAUCUUCAUUUCAAAACACUUUCAGAAGAACAAUAUCCUGAAUUCAAGGUAUGCUACAAAGCUUACAAAAUAAAAUCUAGUUUUCUCAAUGCCAAGGGCUGAAGCAGACUUUAGUGGUGGUUUACCACUUUUUGAAUGUUCGUCUUUUGGUCUGGCCCCCUCAAAGACCUGCCUGCAAAAACAAGAACUCAACAAUUUUCUGGUGUUUCAUCUUCUCGCUGCAGCCAUACUUUCAGGGCUUUGUUCAAUCAUGCAAAAUUUAUCUGUCAUGUGCUUUAUGUACAUUUGACGCUCAUUUCUGCUCCGUGCUGAGUGGCCAAAACUGACAGCCCUGUCAAUGAGGGGAGGGAGCACUGUAUGUCACAUAGAAUUCCAAUUCCUGAGACGUGACUGCAAGCUCUCCUUCCUCUUCACCCUGCUGCUAUGAGAAUGCCUUGGGAGAGUUUGUUUGCAGGCUACAGAGUGGAACACAGUCAAGUCUUUAUUUGUUUCACACACAUGUUUCAUGACUAAGAAUUCCCUCAAUAAAUUCGCCACACAUGACUUUCUAAUAAUUAUUAUUUCCACAACAAACUAUAUUUUCAAAGUGAACGAGAGUGUCAUCAACAUGUUUUACACUCUCAUACACGUAAAGUACACUAAAUAAGCUGCAAUCAGAUUCCUUUUUAGAAUGGGCCAAAUGAUUUGAUUGGUUGUUUAAGACAAAAGCUAUCAAAGCAUUAAAAGCUAUCGUAAAGUGAAACGAGUGAAAAAUGCUGUGAAUUUGAAUGCGGCAGAAAAAAUAAAAAAUCAGUUUCUAACUUGGUAAAAUGUUCAGUUAAAUCUGCCCAAAUUGACGUGGCCCAUGAAAACCUGGAAAUUAUUAAGAAGACAAUUUGAAAACAUACUGUAUAAAUUAAUAUACAUAUUAUAUCAUAUAACUGGUGGCAGAUGAUGUGACAGCUUUUGCUGUGUGUUUUGUACUUUAAUAAAGCACGCUUUUUCAACCAAUCAGAGUGCACAUGAACUUUAAUUUAAUAUUUGUUUUAACUUUUAGGUUGACACAAGACUUUAUCCUCAUAUGUAUACCUGCUCUAAUAGUAAGUACAUUAACAACAAUUAUUGCAUUCGCAAAACUUCUAGUAUAACUAACUGUCGCACUUUUUUUAUAAUAAUAUUAUUAUUCAGGGUUGUCACUAAGGGCCGGGGGCCGGGGAUUUCCCCCGGCUACUCAGAGCAUGGCCCCCGGCUACUUUCGUCAUUAAAUUAAACCAAAAGAGCUCACCUUUGAAGCACACAAAGACUAUCCAUCAAACUAAAUGAAAGUUUCAUCUGCAGUAGGUUCAAGUAAUUUUGAAAUACUCGCGUGCAAAAACUAAGAAAUGUCGGAAAAAGACAUCUGCCUUAGAUUUGGUACUAGUACACACGCGCGAAAACUCUCCUUUCGCGAAAUGUCAGUAGGGAGUUUUAGCAACGACGACGGCGACGGCAACGAGAACGUCAAAAAAGCAAUUGGUUUAUUGAGCAAAACAACAAUUUUGCACGUGCAUCACGCUUUUUUGUACAUUUCUUUGCCGUUACUGCACGACUGCGACGUGAAAAUGCCUAGUUUCACGUUUUAUGGAGGACGUAAACAAUCGAAGACAAACUUUUCUUUCUCUUUCUAAACUUGAGUGCGGUCCCAAAGAAAUCAACUCCAGGGAAAUUGGCCUACAUUAGCUAUUUUCAGCGAACUGAAAUAAACGAGACAAAGUUGGAAAAAACGCCAGUUCAUUUUAAAAGCGACGUUUUCGCUGCCGUCACCUUUGUCGAUGCUAAAAGUCCCUAGUUGUGUCAGCUUUGUGUUGAACAUGUCGAAGAAGUGGCAAAGGAAUCUGCACUCUUUGUUCACUAUGAAAGACCUGAGCAGAUCUCUGUUGACAUCACAGAAGAAGUUGAGGCUUCAUCCGAGCGUUAAAUCUCCCUGAUGCUGAUGUUGAUGAUAAUGAGGAUUAUGAUGAAGGCUUUGAAGAUGAACACUAUGACUGAUUGCUAUGUUUAAUAAAUUGACGUUUAAGUGACCAGGUCUAUAUGUAGCUUUGUGAGGUAUCGAGUAUAUAGAGAAUACUUCAUGGAAAGUGCUGGCGUACGGUAAUUACGCACGAGUUGUUGACGUAUCAGAAAUCGAACGAGUGAGCGCAGCGAACGAGUAAGAUUGCUGAUACAAAAACAACGAGUGCGUAAAUACGUACAAAGCACUUUCCAUGUGGUAUUUUGUUUAUUAUAUACAUAAUGAGAAACUCAUCAUUUUGGCGGCCUUUUUAUUUUAAAUCUUUGAAAAAUGCUAAAAUUUGCCGCUACACACUUACCGCAAAAUGACAACGAAAACGAAGUAUCAGCUUUUUUAUUAAUUAGUAAAAACGUUUGUUAAAAACAUAAAUGACGGUAAGGAUAUGAGGUAAUCCAAGAACUAUAAGUAAUCUUAACUGUUUGUUCUCAAUGCACAAUUGAAAAUGAGUGAAAUUAAGUAAAAUGGCCGGUUUCAAUAUAAGCUUAAGCUUAAACGAACAGCAAAGUAGCUCCGACAAAAAGCACAACAAAAGCUUACGUCUCCUUCUGUUUUUCCCUUUCCGCUGUUGUUUCGCCGGUUCUCUAGCGUUUUCUUUAUCGACAGUGAAACAAACAAAACUAUUCCACUCCAUUUCCGAAAUGUUUUUCACUUUUUUUAGCGAGAAAAACUCUUCGAGUAAAACUUUUCUCGUUGAAUGUGUGCGAAGCGGCGCUGCCAGCUUUAAGAAAAGGUGGGAAUCUUGGCGCGAAACUCACACACUUCUGUGGCUUCUGAUUGGACGUAUCAUUUUUCUCACACGUGAAAAAAGAUCGUUCGCGAUUCUGAUGGGACGUAUCAUUUUUUUCACGUGUGAAAACCAUCGUUCGCUCCUCUGAUUGGCUAGAACUAAUUUGCGUACGAAAAUUUACGACAUAGCUUUUUGGUGAGUAUUUCUCAGUACGUAUAUAAUAAAUAAAACAACGCACGGUCAACGGGAAAUGUUAGAUCAUUGUCUGCAGGUCAUGAUCACAUCCUCUCAGUUCUACUUCCAAGAAGUUAUAUUUAAAAGGGAAGUUAAGCAUUAGCAUUACUUUGGCAUUCUUCUUCCUAAGUGUCGUUUCGACAUCUCAGCGUCGUUUAUAAAGUAUUAGCCCUCUCUUUUAAAUGCUUUUCCGUAUGUCAGUUUCUUCGUAUGUUAAGUGAUGUUUCGUUCCUAAAUUCGAGACCACUAAUGUUACCAGUUGUGCAGUUUAGUUUUGCCAUAUUUUAUCCCGCGAUUUUUCGUACGUUACGCUUGUUUUAGCGUUAUCAUACUUUUAUUUUUCAACAAACCAUAGUAACCUUGUGUUUGUGAUGCUUUUUCGUACAUUCAUCGUCCGCUUGUCGUCUUUCCGCUUGUCCGUGAGUUAAUUCAUUUGUAAUAUUAGUUAAACUUUUGUUUUCUGUGACUUGUUUCGUUCUUACGUAUAACUAAAUGAGGAUUUACAAUUGAUUUUAAAACGCAUGUUAAUUCAUUUGCACCAUGUAAGAAUCGAUUGUCCUUUCCACAUUUUUAACAUUUUUUAAGUAUCGUUGUGAUUUAACACUUCACUGGCCAGCAUGCGCCUUGUCUGCGUGAAGAUAAGACUGCGCGGAUAACGUGACCGGUGCCUACCUGUCAUCUAUUUCAGACCCGGUGCUUACAUGUAUACUCCCAUUUGGCGGCCACUAAAAAAACUCUCCAACGAGCCUUUACGUAAAGUAAAAACUUAUUAUUUUAGGGUCUCCGAAUGAUGUUGUUUUCUUUAAUAAAGACGUGAUCAUCAUAAAACCGCUAAUGAUAGCUGUACUCUUGAUGAAGAUUGCCUUUUUGGGGCGGUAAUGCGUUUUAGAGAACGGUAGAAGUUGCGCUGCAAAAACGUCUUGUAGGGGGGGAGGGGGGUCUCUAGGACUGGUAUUAAUAACAUUGUCAAAUUUGACCUUCUACACUGUAUGCUCUUUGUCAGCUUGACAGUCAGCUUUGGUUUCACAUCAAAGCUAAUUUAUUUUCAAAUAUGUCUUUGCCUUGUGAAAAGGUACCUCUUAGAAAUAUCAAAUGUAACUCCCUCAUAAAUUUGCACAACAGACUGUCAGUAGCACUUUAGUUUGCCUUUGCCUUAUAAACUUUGCGUACAAUGAAAAAAACCUUUUUUCAUUGUUUCUCAUAACGUUUAAGCCGUAAUAACGGUUUUUGUUUUGUUUUCUUUUAACAGGGAAAUUUUUUAUUCAUCUUGUUACAAAGAUAUCUUCAGACACAGGUGUGUUGAAAGCUAAGUACAUGUAUGUAAAGGGAAUUUUAAUCAUGUAUAUGUUACACUGGUCAAAUAUGAUUAAGCUAGAUUCUCAAUAUUUCUUUUACCUCCUAGUCCUAAUUCAUGAAUAAUUAGGGCUAGGAUACAAGGGAAGUUUAGAAACAACCUAACAAAAAAAUUGCAAACAUUAAAAUGCUGCCAAAUGCUUUGUCAAAACUGCUUCAAUGCUAGAAAACAGAAAACUACAAGCGUGAUACAUAGCACGCGUGCUUGACCUAUAUAAGUCCUAUUGAGCCGCUAUGAACAAAAAUCUUUAUACGCACACCUGUGUGUAAAUAAAGAUGUUUUUCGUGAUGACGUAUUCAUCUGUGUUUUUCGUCUCUUUUCCUAAGUACCCAAAAAUCGACGGCAGUGAUGAAAAACUUUCUAGAUUUUUUUGGAAUUUAGCUUCUUUUUAGCCACUCAAACUAACAGCAAAAGCGGUGAAGAUGUUUCGCAAAAAAAGCUUAAUAGAGCCUGAAUGAUUCGUUAAAGACUGACAUUUAAGAGGAAAAAAGACCACAAAUUGGUCUGUGUGGGAAAAUAUCUAAUUUGUUUAAAGUGUCCUCCGUUUUUAACGUUUGUUUAUCCUUUACAAAACAAGUUAAUUAUAAAGUAAUCUCAAUGGUGAAAAAUUAUGCACUUUUGUUAUCGCCGAACAAUUCGACUGAAGCAGGAAACUUUAUCUUGCAAUAACAAGACAAAUUGCACAAGAAGACAUCAAUUUAUUACUCACAAAAACAACUGCAGCUGCCAGGUCUUCUCAAGAAGCUGUAAUGAUCAGCCAUUGUUCGUAAAUGAAUAUAAGUUUAAAGUAGGAUGACAGUCGUCUUUCCUAAAAAACAAGUUUUCUGGAUUUUACCGAGAAAAACAUAAACAUCGUUUCAGCAAAUCCAAACCAUACUCCAUGACUUCUUAAGAACAUGUGAGUAUUUUAACUUUAGGUGAACUUUAAGACCCUUUACCUUUGUUUUUGCUUCGUUUUCAUUGAUCGUUAACGAAUAAAUAAGCGAAUUUUCUUUCUCAGUUUUACAGAAAGAAUUUUCAUUCAAACCAGACGAUUGUGGCGUGUUCGUAAUCGGCCUAUAGAAGCGUUUGUUAUUGUGUCGCGCGUUACGAGAAUUUUGCAGUUUAUCAAAAAGCAAACAUUUUUGUCAGCUAUGUUAUAAAAGAAUUUACUCAUGCUUUUACCUGUGUGUAUAUCAAGUUAUGGAUGCACUUGGGAAGUACGGAGAGCACUCAAGAAGCUAGAGUUGCUCUCGGCUGCACCUCUAGUAAUUCUUACGCCCCUUUUGUGCUCUCCAAACUUCCCGCGUGCAUCCAUAACUCUAGAUACCCACACUAAGCAUUAACAAAUUCUAAAUUAACCUGAAUUUAAUUUUGACCUGUAACAUAUAUAAGCAGGCCACUGCUGCACCUCAUUAAAACAGCCACAUUCUAAUGCUCCCUGUAAAGGCUGAAUUAAAGGAGAUCUACUGAAAUUGCUAUUUUUGCUUAUAGGGUAUUGUGAAACCUAUACUUUAUGUGUGUGUAAUUGCUAAUGGGAUACAAAUUGGUCUCAAUGUUCUGAUGGCAAUGGUGCUAAAGCUAGGAUUCCGGUAAGUUACAUAUUCACCAGGAACCUGUAAAUACCUUUUUGUAUCUGGGGGGGUGGGGCAGGUGGGGUGCCUUAUAUUCACUAGGUAGGAAAUUAGGGAAAGCUUUUCAAAACAAGCUAUAAACGUAGCAGUGCUUAUCAAAAUACUUUUUGAAUUUACUCGCAUUUUUAAGCAUUUCAGGAUGUCAUAAAAAAUCGAAUUCGUUUCAAUACAAUUAAGCCAGAGGAGGCUAAUAUCCACUGAGGGGGGCUCUUGUCCCAACGGAAACGCUUGCUACGCAGACUACAAAUUUAGUUUUUGGGACGUCAUCACCGACUUCUCUUUACUUUUGUUGCCCCAGUGUAGGUGCUUUUAACGGGGUUCAACUGUACCACUUUGAGGAUAAACCCAACCUAAACCACUCAGGUGAAAGCUUGGUCUAUUAUGUGGGUAGCCGUAAAUAAUUAACAAUUAAUGAAUGAGGCUGAGUAUCUUAAAUAACACCCUCGGAGAUCUCCAUAAUUCUUCAUAUGAUACGAAAGCCGAAUUCAAUGAUUGUUUUAUUAUUCAGUCAAAAUAAUUCCUAGUUUAAAAACAUGGCUAAAACAUGCUUACCUCCAUCGAUCCAUCAAUGUUAAGUUCAUCUUCGAUAGUGCACGUUUAGGUUUGUCCAGCUCCGCAAAUAUUCUCCAAAUAACAGAUUUCGCCCUUCGAGUUGUCUUCUUGCUGUUCUUGCCAUGUUUUUAGUUAUUUUUUCGCCUAGUUCUUACUCUUGAAACGAGUGAAAUGUCCACCAUUUUUCAAGUUCACAACCAAAACAACUCAACCUUGUCCCCAGGUCUUCUCGGUUAACGGUGCCUUAACCCGUACGAACGCUGCAUUUUUGAGCUCAUUUUCUCGUUAAACACAAAAGUCCUUCAAAUUUGGUCAUCAGAAACUGGUUAUGGUGAAUUAUGCGUGUGCUUUUAGCCAAUCAGAAUCGGGGAAAUAUUUUGAAUGAAUAAUAAUAGGAUUUAAUGCUUCCACUGUGAUGCAUUCUGAUUCUAGUCAAUCACUCAGACAUGUGAAUCUUCUUUUAAUUUGACAGGGGAGUGGCCAUUAGCUGGGCUCUGACUGUAUGCAUCUUAACAAGUUUGCUGUUUGCUUACAUGAAGCUCUUUAAGCUCCAUAUAAAGACUUGGCCAGGUGAAUUUGAUAUCAUGCAGUCCUAGUUACUCAAAAGUUUUGACUUGUUUACCAAUUAAAUAAUGAUUUGUCCAGUGCUUUUAAUGUACAAUCUGUGGCUCUAGUACAUUAUAGAAGAUAUAUUGUGUAGCCGUUCAGUGAUACAAAAUUUCUCUUUGUGAUGAAAAAUAUUUCACAGUUCAGCACUGUGAACAACUGAGUGACAAUUAAAACAAGAGAACAUUCUUAUCUCCAAGUGGCCGCGCAGUGUGUUCUAUAUAAUAAUAUGUUUGUGUUACAUAUUAUUAUUGCCAUUGCAUUGUUUCCUUAGACAAGAAACUUUGCUCCAUUUUUUCUCUUUUUAUCCUUGUUUAUGAAUGGGUACUGCAUGGCAACAAACCCCCUAGGCGAACCCUGUGAUAGACUAUAACAGGCGUACAGAAUGAUACUCGCGGAAAAGUUUUGGUCUGAUCUUAAAAUCUCGGAAGCGUUUUUGAUGGGUCUCUUUUUUGGGUGAUUUUUGCUACUCAGUCUCGAAUUUUUUUGCCGACAGGUCUCGGAGUCUCGGAUUUGUCUUUUUAUCCUAAUUCCGUUUGGUCUUCAGGAGUCGAAUUUUUCAGAGUUCAUGGGUACAGCUUAUAAAAUGAAUUGAACUAGUAGAUUAAUACAGUAAAACAAGACAAAGCAGUAUACUUGUGCAUGGGCUUCCGGUGCGCUUCCACUGGUGCUUUCGGUCAUUUUUUUAGCUUUAUUUGCACCCUUAUCUCAUGUUUUUUUGACGCUUAGUCUCGGCUUUGAUAUUUUAGAAGUAAUGUCUUGAGCUCGCUUUUGAUAAAUGCUUGAGUCUCAGUCUCGAAUUUUGCAACCAGGGUCAGGUCUCGCAAAGUCUCAAGUUUACCAGUAUACCCCUGGUGAGCAUGCUACUAAAAGCUACAAAAACCAGGGAUAACUUGCUCAGCCUUGUCACCCCCAUUAACCAAUUGUGCACUUUUGCUUGCUUUAUUAUAGUUAGUGCAUUCAUCAAGUUAAUAAUUAACUUGCUGCAGACUUUUUUAUGAUUGUAUAUCUAUUAAAAGAACCUCGAUUGUUGGUCUUGUACCAUUCAGGUUGGACAACUGAAAGCUUGUUGAACUGGUCACAGUUUUUUAAACUUGCUGUCUCCGGGAUGUUCAUGACCUGUGUUGAGAUUUGGAGCUUUCAAAGUGGAGCAUUUUUGACAGGUAAUUGGGGUGCCACAGGCAGCCCAUUAAUGCGAUAUAUGCCUUCUUGUUCAUGCGUUACUUACACUUUUUGUGUAGUUUCAGAAUAUUUGCUAACCUGGUUUUCAAAAAUCUAGAUAGAAAUGUAAAUUGAGAAAGAUAUAGUGAUCGACAUUAUUUGAACAUGGGAGAAGACAACGGGUACAGCACCGUAGGUGACAGGAUUUGAACCAUAGAUCUUCCAAACACUGGGCGGAGCUCUUUCGAACCUAGCUGUGGAAAAAUGUCAUAUAUGAGGUUCAUAAGCGACAUGUUUCAAGUGACUCUAAGGAUCAUGCAGCAAUGUUGGAGGCGUACCCUAUGGUGAUAAUUAAAAAUAGGUGAUAUGCUUUAAGCUUGGUAGUGAAUGAGAGAUUACAUGUAACUGUAAGUGUCUGUAGUUUUUUUUUUUUUGUAUUAACUAGUGCUCUCGUUGUUUUCUUUCUAAGGGACCCUUGGUGAAGUGCAGUUGGCAUCGUUUGGAAUUCUUUUUAGUUGGGCAGCCUUUGUAUUUAUGGUAAGGGUAACUUUUUAAAAUCUUACUCUUUUUCAUGGAUCUAAAUAUCUAUCGCCACUCUAUCCAGUAAGGGGUCUUUCGAUCCCUCUUUCUGGGCCCAGUUGUUCAACAGUUGCGGGAUAUCGCAAGGGUUUCCUUAAUACUUAUCCACUGGAUAGUUAUUUUUGUUAUAUAUUAAUGACAUCCGUAAAUCUUCCAAGGAAUUUACUUUUUAUCUAUUCGCAGAUGAUACAAGUCUAACCUAUGCAAAUGACAACUUAACUUACUCUUGAAAUAACUGUGAACAAUGAGCUUGAGAAAGUAAGUGAAUGGCUUAGCUAACAAACUAACGCUCAACGUUCAAAAAGUCUAAUUAUGUCAUUUUUCGUCCGCGCCAAAAAAGAAUACCUUUCAUUCCUCAAAUUAACAUUUUUAAUCCAACUUUAAAUGCUCGAGUAAUUGUAGAGAUGAAGGACUUUGUUAAAUAUUUGGGUAUAAUGAUUGAUUCUGAACUAUCGUGGAAGCAUCAUAUUGACUUUAUCUGUCACAAAAUUAGUAGUAGAUCGGUUAGAAUAAUUGUUAAAAUGAGGCAUUACAUUCCGUGGCAUCUUCUUUUGAAUUUAUAUCAUGCACUUAUUGCUCCUUAUUUAAAUUAUGGUAUCUGUGCAUGGGGCAAGAAUCCACAGACCUACCUCAAUAAGAUACUUGUUGCUAUUUGCAGGACAUAAAAUUGUAAACUUUAUGAUUCUUUAAAUAAAUACAUUGUCGUUGUUGUUGUCCUCUCUGGCACUGAAUUGAAAUCUGAGUGUGUCUAUUGUAGAUACCACUGGGAUUGAGUGUUGCUGCUGGGGUUCGUGUUGGAAAUUUCCUUGGUGCUGGUAACCCAAAGGCAGUAAAAAAGACGAUCAAGGUGGCUCUGGGAUUAAUAGGUAAACGCGUUUAAUACAACUGGGUUUAAAAUAUUAGACUACAAGAAGUCCCCUCAUUUACCUCAGGGAUAGUAAAGCGAGCGAAAUACGCGAGUGCGGGUGGAAAUCGCCAUCUGCGAGGAAGGUGAAACGUGAGGGGAAGAGAGAUAAUUUUCUUUCCUUCCUCCACGUCUGGUCUGUCCUCGCGCGCCGCGAUUUUCACUCGCACUCGCGUAUAUUGUUCACUCAUCAUCCCUGAGGUAAACGAGGGACUGAAGCUAACUAUAUAUACGCUUUUCCUGUUCUUUGCUUAUUUCUCUGUUUUCUUUGUUUCCGCCUCUAGUUUAUUAAAGCGAGCUAUUAACGCGUUUUGGUCAAUAAAAGAGGCUACUCGGAAGAACAGUCCGGAAUAUCCCUAAAUUUAAGGACAGGGCCAACUGGUCACGCGACACUUUUCAACCAAUGAGAGGGCGCGCUUGUGUUUAUCAACAAACAAAUCAAAACAUCGCCCCAGUGAUCAAAAAUUUUCAAAACAACGGACGGAGUCGGACAGAAUUAAAGAUGAGCUUACAGUACUCGUCUAGGUUUCACAUUUAAUAUUUCAAAGAAAACAUUUCAUGUAAGAGAAUAAGAGCAUUAAUCAUUGCAAGGAACGAAUCAUUGGGGUGUUCCAACUGAUUCCGGACCGAUCGCGGAGGUCGUGGCUUCACUGGCAUGGCUUGCAAGAUUUUUGAUAGAAGCAAACUAGUCCCGUGAAAAAUAGCCUCAGAGAGAGCGUGAAAAUUUGUUGAGAUCGUACAAAACAGGAUUGGUAGUACCUAUUAACUUCUACAGGACAAGAAUCAAAGAAUCAGUCAUUAUAACAAGAAUAGAAAGUAGUUCAAAUUUAUUAAUUUUUCUUGUUUGUGUUUUGUGUUGUUUCGUGUUGACUUCACGCGUCUGGUGCUUUCUUUGCUUGCUGUAGUACCUGCAAUGUUUUAAUUUUAUCCCAGAUAAUCAGUGCAUGUUCAAUGAGUAGCGAAAUACAUCAUUUACAAUUGAGAUUUGCCUUGUUUCUUUUAUUGUUUUUUAACGGUGGAUGAACAUUUGGAGAAUGCAAUUCAACAUUAAAUCUUUCCAGAUUAGUGAAUUUCAGAAACAAAGCGGUUAGUAUCUACGUUGCGCUUAUGAUCUUCAAAUUUCAUCCCCGCAAAUUCGGCAAAGUGAGGCGAAAUGUUGGACGUUAAUAUCCAUAAGACUAUUAAAGUUGUUUUGGCCUUGAAAAGAAAAAAGGCAAAGGCUCGUACUAAUGCGAAAAAAAGUAAUAACACGGCUCUGUGAGAAACCCGGGAGUGGAAAACGUACGUGUUUUGGACCUCGGAAUUCAAAAAUUGUCUACCAGAAUUCUAGGUUGUCUACCAUCCCCACAUUCAACGUGAUAAAAGUUAAUCGAUAGGACAAUCGAGGAAAAAUAUCUAGAACUUCGUAAAAAAUCUGUGAAUCGAAAAAAUAAUAGACACUUGUUCACCUACCUUGAAAACCGACCAAACUCUCGCCUAGGCAUCGCGUUGUUUAAAGGAUAAAAGAAGAAAUAAGCCACAAAAUGUGCUGAAUAUUUUUAAACUUCCAAUAUGGCUUCCGAUACACUGUCCACUUAAAAAAAUUGUGUAUGCCUCAUGAAAAGUGUUUAAAAUAUCCCUGAGGGCCUCGAAACGAUGACUGAUUCUGUCUGCCUCCGUCCGUUGUUUUGAAAAUUUUUGAUCCGCUGGGGCGAUGUUUUGAUUUGUUUGUUGAUAAACACAAGCGCGCAUUCUCAUUGGUUGAAAAGUGUCGCGUGACCAGUUGGCCCUGUCCUUAAAUUUAGGGAUAUUCCGGACUGAAGAAGAAAAUUCAAGUUUUACCAAUAUUAGUCGAACCUAUGACCUUCUGGCCACAGUUAUUCAAUCAAGGGAUAGCGUUAUCCACUGGAUUAGUCACUAUUCAGCGGAUAAGUAUUAGCAAGAAACCAAUUGCGUUAUCCGCCUGAUAGUGACUUCUCUGGGCCGAGUUGUUCAAAGCUGGGUUAAGAUAACCCAGGGUUAGUGCGAGAGUUGAAUUCAGAUUUGAAAGCUUAAAAAGCAUUUCAGUUUUAAUUCUUUUUGUCUACAAGUUGAUGAUUGGAAGCUCUAAAAAUAGCACAGAAAAUUAUCCGAGAAAAUGCUUUUGAACACAAGAAAAAAAAACCCGGCUUUUGGUUAAGCGCUAGUCGGCCUUCGAACAACUAGACCCUGGUGAAUAGUGCUAUUCAACUGUUGAACAACUGGGUUCCGGUUAGUAUAGUCUUGAUGCUCCACACCUGGAACCUGAACACAGACACAAUCGAUAGUUACAGUAGGCUCAAUCUCCAGCCUUUGGUGUCUCCAUGUGCCCUUGGGGAGUACCGAAUCCGCAUCGAGACACCAAGGCUGAAGACUGUGCCUAUGGUUGUAAGAGCUAUGGCUAUUUAACUAGGUUCAUGUACGUGGGACGUACUCACUACCUUACUGCUGAACAACGUUCCUUUGAAUUUCCAUACGUAUUCAUUAAUUUUUGCUUUGAUCUGACAGUUUCUGUAGAACUUAUUAUACUUACAGUCUUUCUUGGACUUGGAGAUAUAAGUGGUCGUGUCUUCACCAGCAGUAGGUUUGUAAAUACCAUAUACGCGUUUAUUAUCUAUCUGCAUUUUAGUUAUCAAACAGGAAACGCAGGAAAUGAGUGCAAAUUUCCGACGACAUUUUGUACAGUUGGUUAUUUGUAUACAGUAAGAGCAAACCUGUUUUACAGGUCGCCGAGCUCAUCAGAUUUAAAAUCUCCGGUCCCAACAAAAAUCAAAAUUGGUUGUUUUUUCUAGCAUUUACCGCGAGGAGUUUAUACUACCGGGUAUUUUCCCAACUUUUACCUUGCAUUUGAAAACUGGUUUGCCAGUCGCACACUAAGAAAGUGCUGUACGGUAAGAGAAACGAAAUGGGUUGACUCCUGCUCAAAUUGAGGACUUCAUCAAGUAAGAGUAAACUGUAAACAAAAAUGGUUCAGCAAGUAAGAAAAGCGAAAAAAUUUUAUCUGACUUGAAUGCCGUCUGAACAAGAUGAUGUUCCUUUAUUGGCGAGGCACGUGUACCAUUGAGGUAGUUUUUGUAAGCUUUUUUAAAGGCUUUUUUUAAAAUAAGCUCAAUGUAAUCAAGACGUCCGCGCGCGAGUUUGACCAAACAGUUGUUAUGCUCGAGUUCUUUAGCGAAGGUUUUGGCCGCCAUUACAAGCUGCAGAGAACUAUCAGAAUUAUUUGGUAGAUGUGUUUGUGUUACUAGGAAAAAACCAGUCAGACCAGAUGAGAGAGAAAUGCGUAGCAAGUGCCAGUUACAAUAAUUAGUAUGUAUUUUGGUUGUGUGGCUUGAAUCAUCAAUUUCAUUGGUUAUUAAACGCUGAAAAUUCCUGAUAGAAUAGGCGACCAUUCAUUUUGUUUUUUACCUCUGUCCGCGUCUUACAAAAGUGUGUGUUUUUUUAAAAAUUUUAUACGGAGACAUUUUCAUUUCUUUCAGUGAUGUUUUAGUUGUGUACAAGAGGAACAUUCUUAUCGUUUCAGUCAUGUUUUUCUUUGAUGGAAUUCAGGUACAUGUGACUGUCUGCUUACUUUGAACUGACCAAUGUAAGGCUUUGGGUAAUAAGUUUACAGAGUUGAUUAGCAACUGAUUUCUGUGCCACUGUUACUAACAGUACAUUGGGCUGAUAUCCAUUUAACCAUUUAAGGGGAGAAUAGUCCAUUUUGCAUAGUUUUCCAGACACUCGCUGUAAAGCUUAAUGCUAGCCUAUUUAAGAAGAAAUUUCGAUUCAUUUUUAGCUCCUACAGCUUGCUGACAUAAAUUCAUGUUGGAACUUUGGGAGAAAAAUAAAUUUUGGGAAAUUUCACCGGGGGUACCCAACGAGAAUAUAGUUCAAAACCACUUAAACAUAGCAUUGUUGAACGUAUUUUAGUAUUUAAACGGUAGAUAUAGGCAUAUUUUUAUCUCCUAAAAUUUUUCAUCUGUUCAGAUUUCCUAGCUGAAAAUCUAGUGAUCCGAAAAUUAGCUAAAAUUAUAGGGAUCAAAACUUACCUUUUCGAAAAUUUCAGCCAGAAAAAAAGCUCCCGAAAACUCUUGGUUACCUUUUUAGGGUAAAAAUCGGUUAGAAAUGGACAAUUAUACCAUAUAUGUUAGAAAAUCCUAGGAGAGGCAGGCAAGCAAGAAAUGUCACAAAAAAUGUUCCGAAAAUUCUAUAUCUCAAAUCGUCUUCCGAACAGAUAUUUUCCAAAAUUGACGUUGGGUGCCCCUGAUGUCACUGUGGUUGCAGAAAAUCUGCAUGCCCACAUUGCCUCAAGAACUUUUCUCCACCAUUGUAACUUAAUGGACUGAUUUUAUAGGACAAGUUUGAGUAAGAGUUUGUAUUAACGAUAUGCAUUUGCACAUGUUUGCAUUGGUGACCUUUAUUUCAGGGUGUCUGUAGUGGCAUUGUACGAGGGGCUGGCCGACAGAGGAUAGGAGUACUGAUCAAUUUUCUAUCAUUUUUCGUGGCUCUUUCCGUUGGGAUCACUUUAAUGUUUUUUGUCUUCCAUGAAAGCGCAGGUAAAAAAGACAUGUUCAUGGAAUAAACUCGUUGAGUACGGAAACAGAAGCUCUUGACUUCUGAUGGGAUUUAUUAUAACUACUGAGGAAUUUUGAUUAAAGCGUAAAUCUAACCAAAACGACAAAGCGAUGAUACAAAACGGAAAAAAAUAAAUUUUGAUUCUAUGUGAUUGAUGUACGUAAUAGUAAAAUUGUUGUUUUGGACCUCAAAAAGGGCAGUGCUUCCGUAUAAAAUGAACAAAAGUAUUUUUCGCUCCAUGUAAGGGAAUCCAAGGCAGUCUUGGAUUCCAGAAUCCAAGCUGUCGAUUCCGGAUUCCAGGAACUGCAUUCCAGUCUUUGUUAGUGGAAUUUGGAUUCCGGUUUCCUUGAGCUUUAUUCUGGGUUCUAAAGCGCAAGAUUCCUGAUUCCACCAGCAAUAAUUUCCCAGAUUCCGGAAUCCAUAUUCCCUUACUUGGGGUGAGUAUUUUAGUCAAAUUCCUGUCCUUGUUGUUGGGGGUCCGGUCGCCGUUCAUAUUAACGGAAUGUCCGCAAUAGCGAGCUGUCAGUAGGGUGGGAGUUGACUAUUACUUAUUUAUUUAUUAUUAUUAUUAUUAUUAUUAUUAUUAGUAUUAGUAUUAUUAUUAUCUCUUUUAUCACAGUCUUUGCUGAUGUUCUUUUUGUGCAUCAGCCGGGUGCAAACCAUGCACCUAGAGCGUCAGUCACUCAAGUCAAUCAUUCUGUUCAUACACUGAGCACCUUUCUGAGGAUUCGCGCAGAUCCCAGCAUGCAGAUCUUUUGAAUCUCUGUCAUAGUAGCUCUCUCUGAUACGUUCUUGAUGUUUUCUACCAUUAUUAUUAUUAUUAUUAUUAUUGUUAAAGAAUUAGGAAUUUAGGAAUACGAGAUUUUAAAUUCUUUUUAACUUGUUUUCUUUUUUAAUAUCAGAGACGGAUUGGUAAUGACUUACUUUAAAACUCUAGACUGCCUGCAAGAGUUAUUGACCGCAUCUGAGCCGCAAGAAAUGUAUUUGUGAAAUCGUUAUUGACACAGUGAUUGCUAUUUUUAUUAUUUAUACUAUUCUUAAUGUUAUAUAGUGCUUAAUUCUUACUCCAAAUAUUUCUGUAAAUUAUUUACAUAAGUUGAAUAAAAUUGUUACUUAUCCUUAAAAAAAAAAUCAUUAUUAUUGUUAUUAUUAUCAUUAUCAUUAUCAUUAUUAUUGUAUUUUGCAUUUUUUCUUGUUGUGUUAAAGGUCUGUGGAUUGGUAUUUCGACUGGAGUGUUUCUUCAGGUAGGCAUGCCUCAUGACGACUCCCAUUUCACUUCCGUAAAGUUUAGUAAGUGUAAGCAGCUUUUCCCGGCCUAUUGCUGCUUUCGAGGUAGACUUGCUACAAGUCGACAUACGAGUUUCUUAAAGGUGAUGUAACACGAGACGAUUCGCAACAUUGUUGCGACAUUGCUUCGAAUGGUCACAACAUUGUUCCAGCACUGCAACGUUGUGUUGCACUAAAAAUCGUCAUGGGAAUCGUCUCGUGUAACAUCACCUUAACGAGCGGAGCGAGCUGUAGGCCGCGAAACGGCCAAGCGAGGGACUAAGUCGCGAGAGGUCGACCUUCGUCUCGCGCCAUAUUAAUUCGGACGAAGGACUUUGUGAAAGUCCACUUUCAAGUGAUCGUUCCUUUUUGGGUGUCCAGCUGAAAUGUGUAACGUAUUGUGUGUAAAGGCUUGAAAACACACUCAGUGAGCGAUGCCUCAAGGACAGACGUCCAGUCGACAAAACUAACAUGUCCAAACCUACGACUGUUUCCAUGCAGUUUAUUUCACUAGAGAAAAUUCAUUCCUCACACGACUUAGUCCGUAAGGCGAGAGAGUCACAUUUGAUAGAUAAGGCUUUUGACUCUUGAACCUAAUGGCCUAAACCCCCGUGACGAAUUGUAUCUAUAUCCUUGCAAUUUUCUCUCCCUUUUAAACAAUUUCUGUUGCGACGUUCUCCAUCUAAAAAAUAUACUGAGUAAUAGUUCUAUCAUAGCUUCACCAACAUCUGUAAACCUGAACAGCCUGAAGAAGGCUGGUGUGGCAAGCCGAAAUAUUGUUUUCAAAAAAAGCAAUCAUCACGUUGCUACAUGCAUAUCAGCUUUGCAGUAGGCUUUAGACUUGUGGUUUUUUUGCUUUUCAUAUUUUAGCCGAUUAGAUCUCUUUUCUAGAGAUCCAACGUUGACAACCAGCAGGAUCGUCGUCCACGGUUUUUGCUAGUAAUUUCUUUAAUGUUGUCAGAAAGAUUGUUAGCAGUAUGAUCAAAAAUAGAAGUUUGGAAUGCAUGGCAUAGCUCCUUUACUUGUGUACUUGUGCUUAAACUACUGACAAGAUUUUAUCUCAUCUUUCCCUGGUUCAUUUCAGGCUUGUUUAUAUUUAUUUCUUCUGUGGAGAACAGAUUGGGACAAACAAGCUAAAUUAGUAAGUGAUGCCUUUUUGCAGGGUAUUGAGAAGUCUUAAGCCCAACAUCCGUCCUCUAAUAUUUAACAGUUUUGUAACUUCUUCUUGAGUCUUAACUCAGAAGAUUCUGGAGAUAGAGAACCAAACUAUAAUUUGUAGCUGUAGUGUAAAAGGAAAUCACAUUUAGGACCUGUGUACAUGGAGGUGGUUGACCCCAGGUUCGUGAGGAAACCUUCGCAGACGGGAUAAAAAAAUCACCCGGGUUUACAUUCAGUCUUACAACCCCGCCAUCUGAGGUGCACUUUCUGAAGAUUGUACUGUUGAAUGGUCGCUAAGCUCGUAAAAAAUGGUAGCGGGCAAACCACGUGUUUUGGCGGUUAAUGCUCUUCUACUCUCACCUGUUGCUCUUGCUGCAAUCUCUCAGUGCUGUCGCUUUCUAUUGUAUUUUAAUGAAAUGCAAAACCUCCGCAAAAGGCAGUUAACAAAACAUGUUAACUCGUAUCCGUCCUCUGCUACCCCACUUGAAGCGUUUACCUGGCAAAAUUUGGCCCUGGCUGAUGGCGUUACCUGGUCUGACAGACCGGGCACCUCAUCUUGGCGGGUCACCCACCUAUCAUGUAGACGUGAUUAUUAAAAUAAUACGGACAGGUGGGUUACUCCACCCAAGCGGGUUAUCUCACGUACCUGGGGUCCCCUACAUACCUCCAACAUCACUUGGGUCUAAACGUUUAGACCCAAGUCAAAUUUAGAGGGAUUUGUAUGGAGUCAUCAGAGCAUAACUGGGCUAAUAUCUCACAGACAAUUUGCCCCACAAUGCUAGUUUUUUUGCAAGGACGCCUUUUGGAUGUUGUUUUAGAAUAUCCUGGCAAAUCCCGUAAUUUCACAAAUUUAAUUUUUUAUGACGUCACACUUUAGUACUCUAUAAGUUGAAGAUUUUAUUGUAGACUAGGGAAACCGGGAAUUACCAUCAAAACUAUAAAUUAAAUCGGCAAGUUUAAAUGUACGCAACUCAGCCUAGAAGCUGCUCUAAGAUAGGGGGGAUCAGGGGAGUUUGGUCUAGUGUAGGGUAGCAAAAUUUAGCUGAACUAGCUCUGGUAUCCGGGUCGAGAUGGUUGUGAAGGUGCAUUGUGGGGCUGUUAUGGGGGACGCAUUUCAACAAGGCGGCAAAUUCGUCCCAUGGAGAAUAAGUUGAAAGAAUUUGGUAGAAGAUGAAAGCAUUUUCUCUUAGGUGAUUAUUUUAUUAUUUCUCUCAACCUUUUCUCAUGAUUGAGUAUUGAUUUUGUUCGGAGAAAAUUGAUUUUUGUUUCUUUUGGGAGUUGAAGAGUUAUUUAAACUGAACUAUUCGUCGUGGGUUUUGUUUGAAAUUCAUUAUUCAGACGACGGUCCUUCUUUUGCAGGCACAGCGAAGAACGGCUGCCAAGACUGUGAGAACUUCAACCUCUGAGGACUUGUUAAAUAGAGAUCAAGCUGGACACUCCGCCAAAAAACACAAAGGUGCGAUGAUUAGUCAUACUCAAGACGCCAUCAGAUGUAAGAAGAAGCGGAUAAAACUCAUGAGAAAUUUCCUCUUAUGCCUCUGAUAACAAUCUCAUGAUUGAAAAUGUUGAGGUUGUGGGACCUUUGUAAGAUAGUCUCGUAAAAAGUAUGUGAUGAGGCGUGGUUUUCUUCCCAGAAAGAUCUUGGGAAGAACCUUCGUUCUUCUCUUCCUCCGGAGUCACCCCCCGCCCCCACCAAUGAGGCAUCCCCAUAGCUUUCAGUGGAUACAAUAUGUGGAUUGUGUACCACUUCGUUUACUUAAAGGUCGUCCAUCGUUUCGGUGGAGUGUCUUCCGCUUUUAAUGAAACACGAACUUCGCACAAAAAGAGCAGAGACAGUUUAUAUGUUUUUUUUUUCAGACUUGAUUCUUGCAAACUGGAUCAGCAAAACCUCGUCACUUCCAUUUCUGAAUCACAUGGAUGCCAAUAACUCUCAGUUUCGACUUGCUUUACUGUCAAAUGAUGGGAGCACUUCAGAGAGAGAUAGUCGUCAAGAAGAGAUUGAAUCAGAAGCAACAGCUAAUAUAAAAAGUAGUCACAGUCUUACCUCAGCACAAAAGAGAGCUCUUAUUGUAAAGCGACUUAUCCCUCUCGUAAUAUCUCUGAUGAUUUUAGGCGGCGCUGUAGCCGCACGGUUUCUAAUUCCGUUGCCUUAAUAGCACGAGACUUCUCCAUUUGGAAGUGAUACACUUACUUCAAAUACUACUUGUAGCAAUUUAACCACUGUUAUUAGUUAACAUCCGCUUAUAAUAAUCUAUGAUUGCGGUGUUCAGGCUGAUCAAUGUGUUAUUUACCGGGUGCGUAGUGAGAAAU